AUGGCGGAAGCCAAUGGCGCUGUUCCAGAUGCCAAUCCAGCAGCUAAUCAAUCGUCUAGUCAAGAUGAACCUACAGCGGCGGAUCUGAUUAACCCCAGCUUUACCACAAACUCUCCGGUGGACAAUGGCCAAUCAAAGAGACCUCGAGAUGCCCGACUCAUACACCUUGUUCUUUCAAACUACGGUGUGAAUGCCUAUCAAGAACGAGUCCCUCUCCAGCUUAUGGAUUUUGCCUACCGCUAUACAUCUUCGACAUUACAGGAUGCCCUUCAUUUCGUCAGCGAAGGUUAUGGGACCUCGGGUUCCGGCACAGGUUCUGGUAAAGCUGCGGCACAAAAUGAGUUGAGCUCCGUCACAUUGUCAGCACUCCGAUUGAGCAUAGCCAGUCGAACACACUAUCAACUCAACCCUACAUUGCCAAAGGAGUUCUACAAUGAGAUUGCGCAAGAAAAAAACCGCGUGGCGUUACCGCCAGUUUCUAAAGACUGGGGCAUGAGGCUGCCGCCAGAGCAAUAUUGCCUAACGGGUGCUGCUUGGAAUUUGCGCGAAGAAUGGGAUGAGGAGGACGAUGAGAUGGAAGAUGCAAUAAAAGAGGAAAGAAUGGAAGACGUCGACGGUGAAGGCGCCGAGGGCGAUGAUGGCGGAGAUGAGGAAGGCGGUGGCAGGAUGGAGGACAUCUUCGGAGACGGCAACAAUGCAGAAGCGGGCGGAGACAUGGAGCCAUAA